GGGCGCCAUGGCCGCCGGCUGCCGGGAAGAUCCGUCCCUGGAGAGACACUUCAAAGGCCACAGAGAUGCUGUCACUAGCGUGGACUUCAGUCUCAAUAAGAAACAAUUGGCAAGUGGCUCGAUGGAUUCGUGCCUGAUGAUCUGGAGUAUGAGACCUCAGAUGAGAGCCUAUCGCUUUGUGGGCCACAAAGAUGCGGUGAUGUGUGUUCACUUUUCACCUUCUGGUCACCUCGUGGCUUCAGGCUCUAGAGACAAAACAGUCCGUUUAUGGGUUCCCAGUGUGAAACAUGGGUUUCCUGUUGGAUUGGGCUCUGGUUUCUGAUUGAACUGGAACAACUGGUUUUACCUAUGUAUCCUGUAUAGCUCACAAAGCAUCAAUUUGUUGGGGUUGAUCCAUGUUUUCUUCCUAACGUAACAUAUGCAGUACCUGUAGAAGUGGUGGUUAAUACAAACAGAAACUUUGUGUUUUCAGGUACGUAAUGUCUUUGCUCCCCUUCUGUGUGGUUUUAAAGUGUUCUUUCCGUCUCUAUAGCAAAGGAGAAUCUACUGUGUUCAAGGCUCAUACAGGAACUGUAAGAAGUGUUCAUUUCUCCAGCGAUGGCCAGUCCUUAGUUACAGCUUCUGAUGACAAAACAGUCAAAGUGUGGACAGUUCACAGGCAGAAGUUUCUAUUCUCACUCAGUCAACACAUAAACUGGGUUCGCUGUGCCAGAUUCUCUCCUGAUGGACGAUUGAUAGUGUCAGCCAGCGAUGAUAAAACUGUCAAACUGUGGGAUAAAACCAGCAGAGAAUGUAUACACUCCUUCUGUGAGCAUGGGGGGUUUGUGAAUCAUGUGGAUUUUCAUCCCAGUGGUACCUGCAUUGCUGCAGCUGGUACAGACAAUACAGUGAAGGUGUGGGACGUUAGGAUGAACAGACUUCUUCAGCAUUAUCAAGUGCACAGUGCUGUGGUAAACAGUCUUUCCUUUCACCCUUCUGGAAACUAUCUGAUUACUGCUUCCAAUGAUUCAACUCUUAAAAUUCUGGACUUGCUAGAAGGAAGACUUCUGUAUACUCUUCAUGGUCACCAGGGGCCAGCUACCUGUGUUGCAUUUUCAAGAACUGGAGACUUAUUUGCCUCUGGAGGUUCUGAUGAACAGGUAAUGGUCUGGAAGACUAACUUUGAUGCAGCAGAUUAUGGUGAUGUACUGAAAACCCAGAAGUCUGGCACGAGUUCAGUCAUCCCAGAAGAUGGAACCCAUCAAACUCUGCAAUCAGAAAUGGAUUGUGGUAUUCAUCUUAAGAAAACAAAAACUCAGGAUUCUGGUAGGAACCAUGAGCAGCAGGAGGAAGAGACCAGUCUUGCAAAUACCUUGGAGCAUAUUAUGGGACAGCUGGAUGUUCUGACUCAGACUGUUUCCAUCCUGGAGCAGAGGCUGACGCUCACUGAAGACAAGCUGAAGGAAUGUCUUGAGAAUCAGCAGAAAAUCAUUCAGAACAAAACGAGCUGAUUUCCUGAGAGAAGACAGGAGCUGAAGGCGUCGGGAGGUUUGAGGUUGUUUGUGUUCCUGACAGACUGUGUGUGACUUGCUUUAACGACUUCGAGCGCAAUCUAUUUUUCAAUUGGAAUGUACAGUGAUUGUAUCUGUAAAUAAGCUUUGUUACUUUACUAAAAUAAAAAUAUUUUAUUCAUAAGUGUG